AUGGUCAGCAUAGUGGAUUUUCACCAACUUCAACAGAUUGUACGUGAGAUCCUGGUCCACCAGAAUCUCUAUGAGCCCGUUCGAGUUGUACGGCUUGUCUGUGGAAACGAGCCGCACCAGCAGGUCGCAGAUCGUUGGCGAGUGCGGCACAAAGUUCAGAAACUGGUUUGUGAUCAGCGCCGACUUCUGCUGGAACCGAAUAAAGUUCAUCAGUCCGUUGAUGUUGGCCGUGGCGAUGCUGUCGAUCAGCUUGAGGAAAUUGUUGAACAGAGUGACGUUGUGGCUCUGCUUGAAUGCAAAUUGAUCAGAGUCCGCAGACUCCGUCGACCUGUCGGGCUCUGUCUCACUCUCGUCGUCGCUAUGAGACACCUUGGGAGUUUGGAAGAACUCGUCCACGUCUCUGUCCAGGAACCCUGUCCAGAGCUUUUCCAGGAGAUUGGACUCGCCUAG